GUGUGUGUGUGUGUGUGUGUGUCUUUAAAAGCGAAAGAACAAGUACAUGAGCAUACUUAUUGACAUUCAUAAAACACACAAAUGUCUCUUUCGCUUUCUCUCUUUCUCUUUCACUCUCUCUCACCCACACACACACACACACACACACACACACACACAUCCUAGUAACUGACACAAGUAAUUGAUACAUCUGGGCUGUAGCUGGACCGUCUGCAUACUUAAAACUCCUCAAAUCAGGUUCAAAACGCAGGAAAUAUAAUCUAAACCCUAAAGAGAAACUCCAUGCAAACGCUGCUACACGACACGCAUUUUAGCAGCAAUUAAUAGCGACUCACUUCCAGGAAUUCAUCAUUAAUUUUUCAUUUUCAGGACAUGACAGGAAGCAUGUGGCCUUUCUCAAAACACAUGCCGAAAAGUGAAGGAGUCAGCACGCCCUCGUGUGGCAGCGGACAGAAAUUGCAGGAUCGUUCACUGAUGGGCCAUCUUGUACACAACUGGAAGGCCCGCUGGUUCAUACUGAUGCCAGACAAGCUGCUGUAUUAUAAGUUCGAGGGGGGUAAAAGGGACUCCUGCCAGCGUGGGAGGAUCAUGCUGAAGGACUGCGUGGUCACCUGCCCUUUCCUUGAGCAUGAAAAUCGUCCGCUGGUGUUCAAGCUUCAGACCAAGUCCUCAGUGGUGCAUUUCCUGGAGGCUUGUUCCCGGGAAGAGAGAGACGCCUGGGCAGCUGACAUCACUGCUGCGGUGGAGAAGCUGAAGACACCUGCUGAUGGAGAGACAGCCGGGCAGCAAGACCCGUCUGGAUCCGAGCCGGGGAGGUUACACAACAUCAAUCUGAGCAAGGUGUUGGACUCCAUGUAUGACACCCACAGCGGCAUCAAGCUGACAAACCAUGUGGAGCAGGGCAGCACUUACAGCAACUGCUUCUCAGGCUCAGAGGUGGUGGACUGGCUGGUGUUCAUGCAGCUGGCUCUGACCCGGGUGGAGGCGGUGACCUUGGCCUCGGCGCUGCUGGAGGAGGGCUUCCUGCGGACCGUGGGGCUGAGGAGCGUGGAGGCGCUGCGCACCGCGGGCCUCAGCGAGCAGUUCAUGGACGACUCCACUGCACUGUACAGCUUUGCUGACAGCUUUAAGAAGAGAGGGAGCGUGAAGGCUGAGACGUCGCUGUCAGCAGUGGAGCUGAGUGGAAAAGUGAUCAGGAGAGGUUUUCUGCUCAAACAGGGGCACAAGAGGAAGAACUGGAAGGUGCGGCUGUUUGUGCUGCGUUCAGAGCCAGCUUUCCUACACUACUACGAUCCCACCAAGGAUGACAUCAGCCCUGUAGGCGGCUUCUCUCUCCGCGGCUGUCUGGUCUCUGCGCUGGACGAUAACGGAGUCCCUGCAGGCGUGAAAGGCAACAUUCAAGGCAACUUGUUCAAAAUCAUCACCCAGUCAGACGUGCAUUACUUCAUCCAGGCUGCAACCCACAAGGACAAGAUGGACUGGAUAGAUGCAAUCAGACAGGAGACAUAAUGUCGAGGUUCCACGUUAAACAUACAGUUUGGACGUGUCGACUACUUCAGUCUAUUAUUUCCACUGUUUUGAAUAAGGUAGAAUUUGUGCAUUCCAUGAAUGUAGUAGCAGAGAGGGCUGAUGCAAUCCAAAACAAAGCGUUGCUGAAAAACAGACUUGUUUUUGUCUUAAACUCCAUGUAUUUUUGUGUUUAUUCAGUGGACCUUGAAAGGGUUAUAAGAUUUAUUUCACCCCACACUGGAACAUUUAAUCCUGUAACUUGAGUUAGCAGCCAAGACUGAAGUUAUGAGGUUUUUACAGGUAUAUAGUAAUGUGUGUAUUACAAAACGACUAUGCAUUUUGUGUAAUUUUAUGUUUUUUUUUAACUAUUAAAACAUAAUAAAUGCGCCAUAUUUCCAACUGUUUA